UUCAUAUAUGUCCGCCCAUCCCUGUUAAUAACUUAUAUCAUUUGUGCUAUCAUUCCCAAGUGAUUGUCAAACAUCUGACAUUCAAAGUAAAAUGCAAGACAGAUAGAAACUCUUGGAAAAUACUGUCAUAAUAAAAAGACUGCUAUUUAUUUAUUAUUAACAAUUUUUUUGUAACAAAAACACAAUUUAUAUAAAAUGAGCAUUUGUAGUGUUAGAGGAAUAAAUUUGCAGUUUUGUCGAAGAGCAUUUCUAUUAGCCAAUCGUAGGCUAACGCCGGCAACAUUUCAAGAGGAUGCAGUUUUAAAACGUAGUGUACACAACAAUUCGCCUAAAAAGGAAGAAUGUCGUCCUAAAAUUUCCUAUAACAGUGAAGUAUUGCGUGCUGCCAAUUGUAAUGUAAGUCGCAAAAAUUUGGAAACACAAAAAGGAACAACAACUACCAGUAGUAGUGGAGAAAAGGUCACAUCCUAUGAUCAAACAACUAAUAAAGACAGUGGAGAAGGUGGUGAUGGUGGUAAAACAAAAAUCUUAAUUGCCUUGGCAGCUGCCUUAGGCAUUGGUGGUGUUGUUUAUUAUCUUAGUAAAGGUGAUGAAACACCUAAAGCCAAGAAAGAGGAGCCACAACCUAUACCACAAACGAAUCCAGCUAGUUCUCAAGAUUUACCAAAGCAUGUGCCAUAUUUGCUAAUUGGUGGUGGAACUGCUGCGUUUUCAGCAUUCCGUGCUAUAAAAUCAAAUGAUGCCAGAGCUAAAGUAUUAAUGGUAACAGACGAAAAACGUAAACCUUAUAUGCGACCACCCCUAUCGAAGGAAUUGUGGUAUUCCGCCAAAGAAACACCGCUAUCAGAAGACUACAGAUUUAAACAAUGGACCGGUGCCGAACGUAGUUUAUACUUUGAGCCAGAGGAAUUUUUCAUUCAUCCCUCCAAGUUAAAUGAAAGCGAAAAAGGUGGUAUUGCUGUGGCACAUGGUUUUAGAGUCAAGAAAAUUGAUCCCGUUAAAAAAACAGCCACUUUAACUGAUGGCUAUGAAAUUGGUUAUGAUGAAUGUUUAAUUGCCACCGGUUGUAGUCCUAAAAUGCUGCCUGUCUUUGCCAGUGCUCCUCCUAGUGUGAAAGAUAAAAUCAUGGUGUAUCGUACCCCUGACGAUUUCGAACGUCUUAAGAGUUAUGUAGAUGCUAAAAAGAAAGUUACAAUUAUUGGUAAUGGUUUCUUGGGUAGUGAAUUAGCCUGUACAUUAGCCAACUAUUCAAAGAAUAAUGAAGGACAAAUUUAUCAAGUAUUUCCCGAAAAUGGUAAUAUGUCAAAAGUAUUGCCAGAUUAUCUAAGCAAAUGGACAAUGAAGAAAAUGGAAUCACAGGGUGUGUGCGUAGUACCAAAUGCUAGUGUUAAGAGUGUGGCAAGAGAUGAUAACUCAUUAAAAUUAAACUUAAGUACAGGUGAAACAAUUAUGUCGGAUGUGGUGGUUGUUUGCGUGGGUUGUGAAGCUAACACCGACUUGGCCGGUCUCUCGGGCUUAGAAGUUGAUAAGAAUCUUGGUGGCUUUGUGGUAAAUGCUGAAUUGGAAGCACGUCGUAAUCUAUUUGUAGCUGGUGAUGCUUCUUGCUUCUAUGAUCCUCUACUAGGUAGAAGACGUGUUGAACAUCAUGAUCAUUCCGUUGUUUCUGGCCGCUUAGCAGGCGAGAAUAUGGUUGGCAAAAAGAAACCAUAUAAUCACCAGAGUAUGUUUUGGUCUGAUUUGGGACCAGAAAUCGGUUAUGAAGGCAUUGGUUUAGUAGAUUCAUCACUGCCAACUGUAGGUGUUUUCUCUCUACCCUCCAAAACUACCGACAGGUCUGAUAAUCUUGCCGAAAAUCAGAGUGAAGAAAACGAGAAAAAGGAACUAACAAAAGCAACUGCUAACAACGAUAUUCCAACACCCGAUGCUGAGGCAACACCAAAUUAUGGCCGAGGUGUUGUUUUCUAUUUAAGAGAUGAAAAAGUCGUUGGCAUUUUGCUGUGGAACAUAUUCAAUCGCGUAGGACUGGCACGUACUAUAAUAAAUCAGAACAAAAAAUACGAUGACCUAAACGAAGUCGCUAAACUAUUUGAAAUUCAUUCGUAGAUAAAAACGUAAUUUUAAUUUAACUCUAAUUUGAUUAGGUAAAAAUGUUUAUUUUUAUUGUUAUUUAAAUGUCUAAUUUGCAAAAAAAAAAAAUCAAAUUGUACCUUUGAUUAUAAAACAAAUACACGUACACACACACAUACCUUAAGGAUUUGUUCCGUUUAUACGAUUUAACGCCACAACAGCUGCAUUUAGUAUUUCUCAAAAUUCCAAUAGCAAGGGAUUAGCUUAAAACGCCGGCAAAUUUUACUAGUUCUACUUAAAAAUAUGUUUAAAUUCCUAUUAAAAGUUUAUGAUCGUCUUUGCAAAACCUAAACUAUAAAAUGCAGGUAAUUUCAAAGUUUCACAACUUGGAUUCAGGUAUAUUUAAAAUUUAGUAUAAAAUAUUCUACUACUGCCAUCACAAGCGUUAGUUUCUUAAGGAACUUCACUGAAAGACAUACAGAAUGGAAGUUAAGAAUAUUCAAUAUUAUUUGUAUGACGAUGACGAAGCUAGCACAGCAGAAGCCAUUAUGUUGGAGGAGAAUAACCUAUUACAACACAUAGAAGAGGCUGUUCAAGCCAAUAAAGACGUUUACUCUGAAGAUGAAUUGAAUGCUGCCGCUGCCAUGAUGUUAAUGCAUUAUCAAGCUGUUGUUCAUCCUCAAACAGUUACCACUUAUAAUUACGAUGCACAAACUUGCCAACAGAAAGAAAAGCUACAAACCCCCAAAUCUAUGAUGACCAAGGAUCAUAACAAUCAGAAUGUUCAUAUUGAUACCAUGGAACAGAUUCGUCAAUAUCGUAAGUGUAAUUACACUCAAUCGUCUCUAUUGGCCUCCUGUCGUAAUAUCUUGAAAGAAUUUUUGGCUCAAAACGGUUUGUGAUCAAACGGCGGUAACAUGUUAAAAACAUAAUAUUUUGCUUAAAGUAUAAAUUUGAUAAUAAAACCCUUUGAGGGUUAACUAGUAUGUAGAUAAGAAUAAUUAAUAAAUGGAAUAUGAUUAAAAUGCACCCAAAAA